AUGGCGACGGGGUGCGCGCCGUGGGGCCGGGGCGGCGGGGACCUGUCGAGCGGCAACUACGGCAACGGCGGCGGUCCGUUCAGCAUCAUGACGGGGUUCCUCCCGUCGCUGGGCGCCCACAGCAGCCGUCGCCACCGCGUCCGUCGUUGCGUCGUCUCCCCCUACGACCCACACUAUCUCUUCUGGGAGCACACCCUCGUGAUCCUCGUCCUCUACUCCGCCUGGGCUUCCCCUUUCGAGUUCGGAUUCUUCAUGUACCCUCACGGCCCGCUCGCCAUCGCCGACAACGUCGUCAACGUAUUCUUCGCCGUCGACAUCGUCCUCACCUUCUUCGUAGCCUACGCCGACAAGAAGACCUUCCUGCUCGUCGACGACCCAGGCAAGAUCGCCUGGCGCUACGUCACCACGGGGUUCGUCCUAGACGUCGCCUCCACCGUGCCCACCGAGCUCUCGCGCCGGAUCCUCCCCACCGAUAUCCGCUCCUACGGCUUCUUUGGCAUGCUCCGCCUCUGGCGACUCCGCCGCGUCGGCGCCCUCUUCUCCAGCAUGGAGAAGGACAGGAAGUUCAGCUACUUCUGGGUCCGCUGUUUAAAGCUCAUCGCCGUCACGCUCUUCGCCGUGCACUGUGCGGCCUGCUUCUACUAUCUCCUCGCCGACCGGUACCCGAACCCGGCCGACACCUGGAUCAGCACCUCCAUGCCCAACUUCCACAACGAGAGCAUCUGGCAUCGUUACGUGGCGUCCAUGUACUGGUCCAUCACCACCCUCACCACCGUCGGCUACGGUGACAUGCACGCCGUCAACUCCCAGGAGAUGCUAUUCACCACCUUCUACAUGUUCUUCAACCUCGGCCUCACCGCAUACCUCAUCGGAAACAUGACCAACCUCGUUGUCCACGGCACCAGCCGCACAAGACAAUACAGGGACACGAUCCAGGCGGCCACAAGCUUCGCGGUGCGGCACCAGCUGCCGGAGCGGCUGCAGGAGCAGAUGGUCUCCCACCUCAGCCUGAAAUUCAGGACAGACUCGGAGGGGCUGCAACAGCAGGAGACGCUUGAGUCGCUGCCCAAAGCCAUCAGGUCCAGCAUCUCGCACCACCUCUUCUUCGGUAUCGUACAGAGCGUCUACCUCUUCCAGGGGGUCUCCAAUGACCUCAUCUUUCAGCUGGUGUCCGAGAUGACCCCCGAGUACUUUGCUCCGAAAGAGGACAUCAUACUGCAGAACGAAGCACCCUCGGAUUUCUACAUAGUUGUCACUGGUAUUGUGGAGUUGCUACAAAUCCAGAAUGGUGGAGAGCAGCUGGCGGGCACUGCAAAGUCUGGCGACGUCGUCGGCGAGAUCGGGGUCCUCUGCUACAGGCCUCAGCUCUUCACGGCCAGGACGAAAUCCCUGUGCCAGCUCCUGCGCCUGGACCGCGCCGACUUGCUCAGGAUUGUCCAGUCCAACGUCGAGGAUGGCACCAUAAUCAUGAACAACCUUAUUCAGUACCUCAAAGAGAAGAAGGACGACAGCGUGAUCGCUGGCGUCGCCAAGGAGAUCGAGCACAUGCUAGCCAGAGGCCAGCUUGAUCUGCCAAUCACACUCUGCUUCGCAGCAUCCAGAUCAGACGAGUUCGUCCUGCAUCAGCUCCUGAAGCGCGGCCUGGACCCCAAUGAAACCGAUAACAAUGGCCGUACAGCACUGCAUAUAGCAGCUUCCAAUGGGAGUGAGCAGUGUGUUAGGCUCCUGCUCGAGAAUGGCGCCGAUCCAAAUCCCAGAGACCCGGAAGGAAGAGUACCUUUGUGGGAAGCCUUGAGCAGGAGGCACAAGCCCGCGGCUCUACUGCUGGCGGAGGCCGGCGCGGACCUGUCGGCUGGGGACGCGGCCAUGUACGCGCGCAUAGCCGUCGAGGAGGACGACACCGCACUGCUCGAGGAGAUCGUCCGGUGCGGCGGGGACGUGACCGCCGCGUGCUGCAGCGACGGCACGACGGCUCUGCACCGCGCCGUCCAGGACGGCAACGGCCGGAUGGUCAAGGUUCUACUGGAGCACGGCGCCGACGCCGACAGGGAGGACAGCCGCGGGGUGACGCCGAGGGCCUUGGCCGACCGGCACGGCCACGCCGACGUACAACAGCUGUUCGCGUCGCACCAAGCGCGUGGGGACGCGAAGCUCCCGGGGGCGGAGGAUGGCGGUGCCGUCACUGCGGCGGCGGCGGCUCCCCAGGCCACGAGGUUCAGAAGCGGGGGCCUACCGCCCUGCGGCAGCGUCGGGUCGUCGCCGUCGCUGAAUCGGGCAGGCAGCCGCGCUUCGUACUCCUCGUCGGCGCGCAGCACGCCACAGCGGAUGACUAACUUCCGGAACUCGCUCUUCGGCGUCAUCUCCUCGUCGUUCCACGGGAACCGGCACGACGGCGGCGGCGGAGGGCGGAGUUUCCACCACCACCACCAUAGCGAGAGGGACGAGAGGUCGCACAUCAGGGUGACUAUCUCGUGUCCCGAGCAGAGAGGGGGCGAGAGGAGGCUGCUGUUGUUCGUGCCGGAGACCAUGCAGCAGCUGCUGGAGCUCGGGGGCAACAGGUUUGGGUUCGAGCCGACGAGGGUGGUGACGGGCGACGGCGCCGAGGUCGAGGACGUGAGGCUCGUCAGGGACGGCGACCACCUCCUCCUCGUCUCCGAGCAGUGGACGCCUGGCACUUCCAGCGUGCCGAGGAAUCAAUGA